GGCUGGGCUGCGGCCCAUUUCCGGUUGGCGGGCUUUUUUACAGAGGGUGUGUUCGCGGUCAGCAAGGCACGGUCGUGAGGGAAUUCUCCUUUGGAGCCGGCGAUCGUCGAUUAUAAAAGCGGAGGACUAAAUAUACGAUGCAAUGCGUUCCACUGCAAAAACAAUGAUUACAAGGGAAGGAAGAAGAGUCCCUCGAUUGGCUGCCUCGCUUUCUCGGCACAUACCUUGUGCCUCAUCAGUGCAAAUUGAAAAACCAGUGGAAAAACCACCAAUCGUUACUACAAGCCUAGAAACAACAGCUACCGCAGAGCAAAUUGCUUCUGCAAUUGUUCCCAAAUGUGAUGCAACUGUUUCUGAUUCACUGGAACUCCAGGUGAAGACAUCAGAGAGUGAAGAAUGUCUUCAGGUGCCAGUUGAUGCAGACAAGCCAGAAGAACUUCCUGCAAAGACUGAAGUAGUUGAAGAUGUGAAUGAUUUCAUUAAACUACUGGAAGAGUUUGAAGAGAAAAAUAUAAAUCCAGUCUCUGCAUUGUUACAGUUUUGCCAACGAAAAGGAUGUGAGUUGCAUUUUCAGGAAGUGGAGAAUCCAGGAAUUUCUGCUAUCUCCUGUUAUUCUCUUCGUGCUGUUGUAAAUGGAUUUGAGUUUAAAGAAGGAACAGGUGUCAGCAAAAAGGAGGCCAAAUACAAUUGUGCUGAAAUUGCAUUGAAACAACUCUAUCAACAGUUGCAGCUGUUUACUUCGAGCGCACAAACUCCACAAGUUGCCAAGUCAUGUGCAGGAUCCAGAGUGUUAUCUGUGAGAAGGCCACGUGUCCCAACUGAAAAUCUGGUCAUUCAUCCUAUCCGUUGUGCAGCAAUUAGCAGUUGCAUGUUAAACAUGCUCGUGGAACAUCUUCCAAAAUACAAAAGCUCUAAAGGGACCCUGGCUGCUUUCAUAGUGGAGAGAGUGACAGAAGAUUGCAGCAGCGAGACUGGUGAACAGUAUGAAGUUGUUGCUUUAGGAACAGGAGACUCUUGCUACAGCGGUUGGAUGUGUUUUGAUGGCCGUUUACUCCAUGACUGUCACGCUGCAGUGAUUGCAAGAAGAGCAUUGCAAAGAUAUUUGUUUAAGCAGCUCCUCCUAUUCUGCAGCAAUGAUCCUGCGUGUUUAGAAAAGUGCAUCUUCUGCAAGUCUUCAGAAAAUGAUUUCCUCUCCCUAAAGCACAAUAUAUUUCUCCAUCUCUAUCUCAGCAGUGUGCCGAAGGGGGCAGCUCGAAGCAUUCUUAUGGACCCUGUGCCAUACCGAAAUCCUGAGAUGAGACUUCACAUUCAUUCGAAAGGCUCUAUCAUGCCAGCAGCAAUCUGUCGCCCAAGUGUGACCACAACCCAUGUCUGCUGCAUGUCCGCCAGCGAUAAGCUGAGCAGAUGGAUGGUGCUCGGAGUCCAAGGCGCCCUCCUCAGCCACUUCAUCAAACCUUUAUAUAUCACCAGCAUUGUCAUUUCUGACCAAUUUCAUACCUUGACUAUUGUCACAAAAGCCAUCAAUCAACGGGUGGAUGAGAGUUUGAAUGAGAAGCUCCCUUCCCCAUUCACAGCGAUGAGGGCACAUUUCUCCCACUGCAGUGGAGAAGAACCAGAGGAAAUAGAAGCUCUUUACAAACUGAGCAUUAACUGGUGUUGGGGCGAUUGCUCUGUGGAAAUAGUAGAUGGAGCAACAGGGAAGAUCACAGAAGAUUCCCCUUUUAAGAACGGAAUCAACAGUGCCAGUCGUUUGUGCAAAGCUGCCAUGUUUUGGUCCUUUCAACGUUUAGCAAAAGCAAUGGAUAGACCAGAGUUACUGGAGUGGUCAACAUGUCAUGAAGCCAAGAAAGAAGCUAAAAAAUACCAACAAGCCAAGGGCAUUGUGAACUACCACUUCAUAUCCACUGGAGCCGGUCCAUGGCCACAGAAAGGUUUAGUGGACAACUUCAGCAAAUAGAUCUCACUGGGAUAGAAAGAAACUAAACUGAUUAUUAUUUUUUUGUUUAAAAAAAAAAAUCAUUCUGAAUAUUGGAAAUGCCUUAGUCUGAGGAUCAGGCAGUGUCUUUUUCAAGCAAUGCUUAUUUAAUUUGUGUAUCUCAUUUUGCUUUCAGAUCAUGCGAUUGUUUUCUGAAAUUGGUUUUUUUUUUUUUUAAUUUGCUUUGUACAUUUCAGUUGUAAUAUUAAAGUGCGGUUUCAAGGAA